CUUGCAGAAUAAAAUGACCACCAGGUGGUGAGAAUUGAGUGUGUGUUGACUUUCUUCAUGAGGGCUGAGAGAUGACCAUGAACGGCCGCUGGUCCUUCAACACCUUGGCUGUCAUCUUUAUUUUGCUGUCCAAUGCAGCUCUCUCAGCACAUUUCAGAGUCUGUGAACCUUACUCCGACCACAAGGGGCGCUAUCACUUUGGUUUCCACUGCCCUCGACUCUCGGACAACAAGACCUACAUGUUCUGCUGUCACCAUAACAACACAGCCUUCAAGUAUUGCUGCAACGAAACUGAAUUUCAAAGCGUGAUGCAGGUCAACCUCACCACCAAUUCAGACGGCUUUGCUCACAAUAACUACACCGCCCUCAUCGGUGUGUGGAUUUACGGAUUUUUCGUCAUGGUCCUCUUGGCUUUGGACUUCCUGUACUACUCGGCUAUGAACUAUGAGUUGUGCCGGGUCUACCUGGAGAAAUGGGGGCUUGGAGGACGGUGGCUCAAACAGGCCAGGAGUCAAUGGCACAGCGCGGCGGCUCAGGAGGGCGAACACAACAUGGGAUCAGGCCUGAGUCACCACCAACAUGCACGGCACAGUUUGAGAGGAGAAGCACAGAGCCCUACACGCUUGACCUUCCAGACCUCAACAGCCUGAUAUCCAGCUUUGAUCCCAAGGAUAUACUUAGUAUUACAAAAGGAGGGACAGCCAGGAAAUGGAGAUUUUAUAUUCAGAGACUCUUCUGCUGGUCCCAUCUACAUUUAGGACACGGACUGUGCCGGCUACCUCCUGCAGCUCUGCUGGAUGGCAUUCUCUCCACAUGCAGACGCUGAUGCGGAGACUGAAAGCUGCAAAUGAGUUUCUCUGCCCAAUCAAAAGAGGCUUGUUAAGCUGGAUCUACUUUUCGACAGCUGUUGAAGGACUUUAAUGAGACUGUUGUCUUUGACGCCCACUAUCUUGCCUUGUCAUGACAGAUGUUAGGACUUAGAUGCAGGGAAUAGGACUUUGCUAAAAGAUAGAGAAGAGGCCGCUGUGUCCAUAAAUAUCUACAGUAUAUGUUUGCACUGCUCUGAAGCUAUUGGUUGGCUUUUAUUGAAGUAGCGAAAAAAUUAUCAUUUGGAUUUGACCCAACAGGAUCAAACAAGACAUUUUAAACUGCAGUUAAUAUAAAAAAAUAUAUAUUUCAUACAGUGUUAAGGCACGGUCACAUUUAACAUUGUUCUGUGAAUUUUGUGGGCGAAAUAUCAUGAGGGCAAGAAAUAUGAGUUACGUGGAUUCGCCAUGUUGAAAGCACUUGACUAUCGCUGAAGUACAAUAGAAAGUUGUCCGCAAAAUUUUACUGAAAUUUCGCUGAAGUGACCGAAACAUUUAGACUUAAUUAAAUAUGAUUUGGAAUUUUCUAAUUCUGGUUCCAAGAAGUGACAUCACCAUUUUAGAAUACUUUGUCUACUUCAGAAAUUUUAAGCCGGGGAAAUAAUAAAAAAAAAAACAAUAGAUAAAGAAGAAGAACGUUCAUUUAUUGACCAUAAGACCCUGAAACUUGACUUCAUGGAGUGUAGAUAUGAAAAGUCAGAUGCCUGUGAGUUCACUUCAUUGUAGAAAUACAGCAACAUUUUUUUUAUCCCUAUGUGCACUGAGUUGAAACCAACUAGACAUAAGUAAAAGUAUCCACUGUUAGGCUGUGAGUAUUCACCUGCAAUAACACACAGCGUUGUGCUGAGAUGUGUUGUGUAAAGAGGAGAAAUUCUUGUGAUCUUGUUUAUAUAUUUAAGGUGAAACUAAUAGUUUUUCUCAAUGUGGAGGGAAGAGAGAUGUGUUAUGUUUUGGAGAAAUAAGUUAUAAUGGUUAAAAACUGCCUUACGGUAAAUCUGUAGUACAUGCCUAGCACCUUGUUCUGUGAUAGUGGUUGGUACCUCAGUUGAAGUGUGAUCUGGCCGUCCACCUGUUAAACUCUCUCUGUUUUUAUUAUAGGGUCAGUGGGCGGGUGGGAGUCAGCGGAGUUCUAAUUGCACUUGUUAACUUUUUACUGUUAUAAUCUGGGAGAAAUAAAGAUUUAUCUUUUGCAGUGUUUU